AUGAACGAUGAGCAACGUUUAUUCAAACAUAUUAUCCGGAAUUAUGAUACUUCCGUACGACCAGUUUGGAAUGCUAGCACUGUUGUAAAUGUUUAUAUGGGUCUUACACUUACCCAUAUUUUUAAUAUUGAUGAAAGGAAUCAAGUAUUGACAGUAAAUGUUUGGGUGGAACAAAGUUGGCGUGACGAAAGGAUUCAUUGGAAUCCAGCAGAAUUUGGCAAUAUUAGCAAAUUAACAGUGGGCAAAAAUGCAGGAGAUUUUUCACGUGGUUUUGUUGACACCAAUCUUCAUAUUUUAAGCAACGGUGAUACACAAUGGGCACCACCAGCAAAGGUUUUUUCAAUAUGUAAAUUGGAUGUUAGAUAUUUCCCAUUCGAUGAUCAAUUCUGCUUCCUUGAAUUUGGCUCAUGGAUAUACGAUCAAUCACAAUUAGACGUACAAAUUAUGGAACGAUACGAUGGUAAAAAUCCGUUCACGCGUGAUUCCUAUAUUGAAAAUGGUGAAUGGGAAAUUGUUGCAAAUCGUACUCGUAAGGUACUUCGUGGUCGGCAAACAACCUUUUCAACAAUUGUAUUCGAAUUGCAUUUACGACGACGGGUGCUAUAUUUUAUUUAUAAUAUUAUUGCACCAUGUUUCAUGCUUUCUAUACUAACAAUGAUGCAAUUCUUAUUACCAUGUGAAAGUGGUGAAAAAAUUACACUUGGUUUAACCGUACUAUUGGCUUAUUCCGUUUUUAGUUUUAAUAUUGCUGAAAAUAUGCCGGAAACAUCAGAUGUUAUCCCUCUUAUUGCAAUAUAUUUGAUGGGUAUAAUGGCAAUUUCGGGUCUUAGUGUUUCUCUAUCAGUUAUCGUUCUUAAUAUGAGGCAUAGUGCUGAACGAAAUUGCAGGCCACCAUAUUGGUUAAAUUUUAUUGCAUAUCGAAUUCUUGGACGCUUAUUUGGCAAAAAAACACCAAAAAUACGCCAAAAAAUGGAAUAUAGACGAAGCAGAAAAGAUUUGAUGAGCGAAAUUAUAGUAAUAUAA